CUACUGCCGAGAAUCCGAGGAAUCCUAAGAAAAUUGCUCAAGGCAGAACACGUUCAGAUUUGAGCUGAGGAUGGAUGACGAUUGCACGAUGAGCGUCGUCAUCAUAGAUGAAUGAAAGUACACCUAGGAGAAUUGCACUGCUGACAUGUGAACGUAACCAGCCAAUAUGAAGUGUUCCCACGUUUCUGUGUUCAGCUCUUCUGCGCACUCAGACUUUCCCGCCAAGUCUGAGGCGUUUGAAAGGAGUCGUUCGAUAACUCCCCCCCGACCUGAUUCUUCGGAAGAUCCCACCGCAACGUCUCCUCGACCCGGUGAUUCGCCUGGUCCUUACCUCUGCAUUUGGUUCAUCACCCGGUGAAUCGUCGGUCGUCUCCCUCACCGCAAAUGCUUGGGCUUGCCUCGAAUGGAAUUUUCCCGUGUGCGGUCGAAUUAGCCUUGAAGAGCCUGUUUUCUGAUUUUUGCUUUUUCUACGAUUCCCUUCGAAUCACACUCUCUACUCACUCCUGCCUUCAUUUCUUGUUCAUUCCGAGUCGGUGAUUCAAUUCUGGUAUUUCUAGGGUUCUCUGUAGUGUGGUUGGAGUUUUGCGAAGGUUUUUGUGGUCACCUUCUUGGUGACUACUCUGCAGCUGCGACUUUGCUUUCCCGAGUGCUUAGAGCUUAGGUUUUGUGAGGUCCACCUCCUAAGUCUCUCUACGAGGCAUUUGGCGUACUUGAAGGCUUUCUGCAUAUGGUCGAGGUUCGAUUACCGUCUUGAUUGGUGAUUGACGGAGCGGUUGUGCGUUAGAAUUUAGAGACAUUGCUGUUGUGGAUAUUUUUUCGUGACGAUUGCAGUUGUAAUCGAAACUUGUUGAACUGCCAAUUUUUUUCCGGGACACCGCCUCAUUGUCUGCGUCUUUAACGGUGAAUUUGGAGGCGUAUGCUGUUUUAAGGCGAGGCCUGUGGCUUUUUCGACACGGUGUAUAUUCCUAGGCGGAUUUCUGGUUCCGGAGACGAUUGCAACAAUUUUGUAGUGAAUUUUGCGGAGCCAAUGCGAAAUACUCAGAGUGUCGACAAUGCAAAGGAAACUCAGGUUAAAGAAAGACUCGGAAGAUGACAGCAAUUGUCCUCAAAACAAUUUUUCUGAGUAUCUAUACAGAUUUCAGGACCCAUUGAAGUUGAGAGAGACCCUUAAGGCGGGUUUUCUCUUUUCUUUGCCAGGGCAGAAUCCUAAUGCUGCAGGAGGGCCUGGCACUUGUCUGAGGCUGACCAAGUUUGUACAUCAACCUCUUGAUCAGCAACUGAAACAUGUUGCUUCUCAGGCUUGGAAGAGCUUAUCCUCGCCGCCAGUAAUUCCUAAAAAUCGUGUACAACCAGGAGUUACUGGUCCUAUUGAUGCAUCUAGUGCUCAGAAGUUCGUAACAGGCUCUUCUUACCAGCCCAAGCAAUCAUUUUCUAAUUAUGGAAAGGGCGGAGACGACGCCAACAGCAAAUUUCACACCAAAGAUGCUGGUCGGAAGCUGGAAAACCAGUCCAGCUCUUGCAUGUCGAAGUUUGGUACUCAUGAAGGACAAUCAGAUACCUUAUUACGAAACAAGUCUCCACAAACAACAGGCCCUCAAAACUUCGGUCCUGCUCCGGUGCCUUCGGAUAAGUUUUUUGAUGAACAAUCAGCUCGAGGGUGCUUGUCCACGAAUGCGAAUGCAAGUUCUGCAGAUUUCUUUUCUAACCAUGUCCCUGGGCUGCCACCUAGGCAAACUCCUACAAAUAGCAGCAACUCUCAUUUUAGGGGAAACCGUCAAAGAGACGGCGCACUUACUCCUGCAUUUAGCAUGCCAAAUCAUAGUAAUGUAGACCUGCAGCCGGAACACCUGCCAAAUAGGAGCAAGAGUGAGAAAUACAUUCCUUUCGAGGAGGAUGACGAUGAUCUCUUGCAGGCGAUCGAUCUUGAUCAGAUUGUUUCUGAACACUACGUGAAGAGUUGCUCUCAGCAAAGCACCCAAGUGACGAACAGGGUUGGGAGUACCACACCGCCUUCUGUGCAAUCGAAAGUGCGCGGUUCUCUUGAGGAUGUUGUUAAGGCAGAAAAUGCAGCAUCUGCCCAUAAGCUCUGUUCACAUGGGGUCGAGGUUCAUUGUUGUGGAGAAGCAGGUUUUCACCUCCAAGAAAUGAAGGACAAGUUGAUCUAUAUAAUCAAUGAACUUCUAGAUAAUGGAGAUGAGCUUAGUCCAGAACGUGUUCAGGAACUUCGCCUUGAAAGGACCGAGCUCAACAAAGAUAUUAAAGCUCUCGAAGAAGCUUUCAAGAAUCCAACCUCUCUAAUGAAUCAAUGUCGAUCUAACUUCCCCCCAGCUACUCCUUAUAAUGCUUUUGGAUCUGGCCACCCAUCCAAUCAACAGAAUGUAUUUUCCACUCCCACUGGUCCAGCUGCGGAUUACUUUAAUCCAGCAUCUGCACGUCCAACGUAUGGACUAUCGAGCUCAACGGCACCUAGCGGGGGAGGUCUGACUGACUUCAGGCAACCAAGUUUCACUCCAGUGCCUUGGGAGAACAAUACUGGUGCAAAUCAAGCGUCAGGAGGAUUUCCAUCUUCCUUUGAUAGUAAUGGCCCACGUGUUGGCCUUCAAGUUCAAGGUGGACCUCCACGAUUUGUAGAUGUCAACUACUCCGAGGGGUCGUCCGAGAUGCAGUUUAGCAAAAAUGACUUUCCCUGGUCAAGGGAUUUGGUGGUCAACAAUAAGAAAUUUUUCGGAAACAAAUCCUUUAGACUUAACCAACGGGAAAUUAUCAAUGCCACUAUGAGUGGUAGAGAUGUCUUUGUAUUGAUGCCUACUGGUGGAGGGAAGAGUCUCACAUAUCAGCUACCUGCUAUUUGUUCUGCAGGGGUGACACUUGUGGUCUCUCCUCUUGUCUCUCUCAUUAUGGACCAAAUUAUGCACCUUUCAGAGGCUAACAUACCUGCUGCAUAUCUGAGUGGCACAAUGGAGUGGCAAGAGCAGAAUGAAAUUCUAAGGAAUCUCGAUGCAGGGGUUUACAAGUUGCUCUACGUAACGCCUGAGAAAAUUGCUAGGAGCGAUAGACUGUCGCAGCAUCUUACAAGCCUGUAUGAUCAGAGAUUACUUGCUCGAAUUGUGGUUGAUGAAGCUCACUGUGUAAGCCAAUGGGGUCAUGAUUUUCGUCCUGAUUAUCAGAAUCUUGGCGUCUUCAAAGAAAGGUUUCCUGACGUACCCUUGAUAGCUCUGACAGCGACUGCUACCUUAAGUGUCAAAGAAGAUGUUGUUCGAGCUCUCAAGCUGACACGCUGUAUUAUCUUUAGACAGACUUUUAAUCGACCCAACUUGAGAUACGAGGUUUUACCUAAGUCAAAGAAAUGUCUUGAAGACAUUGACAAGUUUAUAAGGGAGAGGCACCCCAAUGAAUCUGGAAUUAUCUACUGUCUAUCGCGAAGUGACUGUGAGAAAGUGACCGAAAAACUACGGGAAUUUGGUCACAAAGUUGCUUUCUAUCAUGGACAAAUGGAUCCAGACGAGCGGAGUUAUGUGCAACGCAUGUGGAGUAAAGAUGAAGUCAAUAUAAUAUGUGCAACGGUUGCUUUUGGCAUGGGUAUAAACAAGCCCGAUGUGCGUUUUGUGAUUCACCAUUCACUUCCCAAGUCACUUGAGGGCUAUCACCAGGAAUCGGGGCGAGCUGGUAGAGAUAACUUACCAGCAUCUUGUAUACUCUAUUACACCUAUGCGGACUCUAUUCGUUUGAAGCACAUGUUAACCCAAGGUGCAGCAGAGCUGGGCUCUACGGGAUCAUCGUUUCGUAAUCACAAUACUGUCACAUCCAACCAGCUUUCUACCAACCUCGACAAUUUGAAUCGCAUGAUUGGUUAUUGUCAAAACGACAUUGAUUGUCGGCGAUCUUUGCAGCUUGCCCAUUUUGGUGAGAUGGAUUUUGACGUCUCUAGCUGUAAGGGAACUUGUGAUAAUUGUGCCAGAAUGGGGAACUCUGGUUCUGUUGAAGAGGAUGUCAGUGAGACAGCCAGACAACUUGUGCAGUUAGUCGGUGCAAUGGGUCAACGCUCCUCAAUGACUCACAUCGUAGAUGUAUUUCGGGGUUCUCUCAAUCAGCAAGUUAAGAAAAUGGGACAUGACCAGCUUGAUCUGCAUGGAGCUGGUAAGAAGUUUACGAAGACUGAAGUGGAGCGAAUCAUGCAACAGCUACUUACUGGAAAUAUCUUUCGAGAAGAUGUUAACAAAAGUGACUAUUAUGGUGGUUUAUCCUCCAUCAUCAAGGUGAACGAGAUGCAAGCAAGAGAGCUUGUUUCAGGUCGACUUAAAAUAUCCAUCAGGUUUCGAGCGGCUAAGAAACCGGACAGACCGGAGAGAUCAGAAACCCCAGCUAAGAAAUCUUCUCUGCCUGUCGGACUUAGAACUCCAGCGCAAGAUGAAGUGGUUUCAGUUCCUCAAGCUCCAGUUGAUCCUAUGCUGUCAAGCAAGGUUUUUUCUGCUCUUCAGAGACUUCGUAUUGUACUUGUUAAUGAAGCCGGAGGGGAUCUUAUGCCAUAUCACAUUAUGGGGAAUGGAGAGCUUCAGUCCAUAAGCAAAAAGUUGCCGAAGACCACAGAGGAACUCUUGGAAAUUAACGGCAUCGGGAAGGUGAAAAGCAAAAAAUAUGGUGCCCGGAUUUUGGAGGUAGUUGCUCAAACUGUUAAUGAGCACCUGUCAGGCGGUGAAGAUGUGAGCUUCGAUAAUGGUAAUUCAGGAUCAGCAACAGCAUCCAAACGGCGGAGGGAAGUUGAAGAUGGGGGAUGGAAAAACACUCGAAAGAACACUGCAGCUGAAGUGGGAAGAAAUUAUAAUGAUAUUGAGAAUGGCUUCAGACAGGAUACCAUGCAGCAAACCACAAAGAAGGCGAAAGUGCCUCCCGCCUUUGUGCAACCCCUGUCAACCUCGAAGUUUGAGAAUGAGAACAACUAUUUUGAAGAAGAAGAGGACAUUUAUGAAGACAUGCCGGAGGGUUUUCUCGAUAAUUACUGAAGGCAAUGUAUAUUCGCACAUAUGAAGAAUGCCCCGCAAACUACGUGUAUCCCACGAGAUCAGGGUGAAUUUCGACGUUUCAUCAAAAUUUGAGAUAUCUGGAGAGUCUAACGUAAUACCUCGGUUCCUUUUGAUCUAUUAUCCAGAUGAGUUCGAGCUAGCCAUUGCCGUGAUGUCGUAACAUUCUUAGGGGCAGACCCCUGUCUUCUCUACUCAGAGGAGCAUCUGGAUGAGUUCAUGUAAUUAUAUCCUCAAAAGAGAUUGCGUGAUCUGCUAGCUUAGGUUACUAUAGGCUUAGGCAACUGAUUUUUCGCACAAAUUGUAGAAUUAAGGAUAGAGGAGAGCUAUGUAAAUUGGUACUUGCCUGAAGAGCUCAAUAUUCGACUUAUUUUGGCAGCAACGAAGUACUUCGACACUGCUGUUGCGCAUGUCGUUUCUGUA